ACAUUGCACAAGGUAAGGAAAUCGUCAAAAUUGGGCCUAUAUAUAGAUUGAAAAACGGAUAAUUAGCCAUUCGUAGUGUAAAACUUAAACCAAACAAAGUUCUACAAUUCAGGAAGAACUAAUGACAAUUGAUGUUAUAAUUAUGUGGUGAAUAUAUACACAUUCAACAGAAUGUCUGAAUACGAGCAGAUAUUGCGGCAGUUAGGAUCGUUCGGUCCUUACCAGCGUCGUGCAUUUAUCUUGGUGAGCAUGUUUGAGACACCUUUAGCAUGGGCAAUGUUGACACCUAUAUUAUUGAACUACAGACCAGACUGGUAUUGUACAGAUUGGAACAUACUGCAAAAUGGAAUAAUAGCUGAAAACUACACGGGUAUUGACCCAUCACUUGUGCGGGAGAUUGACAGUAAUGAUGAACUGCAAAUGUUUCUACAUCUAGUUAAUUACACGGGAGGAAAUUUAACCAGUUAUAAGACCAAAAACACAUGUCCUGGUGGUAAAAUAUGUCCUGGCAUUGAAUUUGAAGGAGUAAAGUCCAUAGUUUCCACUUGGAAGCUAGUAUGUGACCAGGAAAUUGUUGGAGAUAUCAUCACAUCUAUACAGAUGGCAGGUGUUUUAAUUGGUGCUGUAAUUACUGGACAACUGGCUGACUUGUUUGGCCGACGACAUAUUCUGUUUAUAGAACAUGCCAUCCUUGUUAUCAUGUGGUUUUGUAGUGCCUUUGCUUCAAGUUGGAUGGUUUAUGCUGGUCUUAGGUUUAUAAUUGGUGCUUUAAUUGGAGGGGUACUUGUUGUAAAUUUUGUACUGCCACUUGAACUUGUGACACCUGAAUGGAGAACAUUUUGUGGUUGUAUAGGCCUGUGGGCUGUUGGACUUAUGGCACUUGCAGGCUGGGGAUAUUUUAUACAAGACUGGCAAUAUCUGGUCAUAUGUACAUCAACAGCUAGUAUGUUUAUACUAUUAUCUUGGUGGUUUGUACCAGAAAGUCCAAGAUGGCUUCUGAGUAGGGGAAGGGUAAAGAAAGCUGAGAGAAUUUUGACAAAUAUGGCAAAAUACAACAAUAAACCAGUGCCUGAUUUUAGUAAACUAAGACAGUAUUCUGAGAAUGAAAUGCAGAUGAAGCAGCAUCAGAUAAAAUACAGUUACUGGCAUCUUUGUAGCUCAUGGAAACUUGCAAAAAACUCUCUUAUACUUUUAUAUGGCUGGUUUGUGUCAAGUGCUGUAUACUAUGGUAUGAAUUUCAACACAAAGAACUUAACUGGGAACCUGUAUUUAAAUAUAUUUUUUUCUGGUCUGGUGGAAAUUCCAGCAUUAUUUUUUGUUGUUCUAGUCCAUAACAAAUUUGGGCGUCGUUUGACAGUCUCUUUAUUGAUGAAUGUAGCUGGUGUGUUCUCAUUUGCCAUUCUCAUCUUAGAUUUAGCAGGUGGUUUAGAUGAAUAUCCUAAAUUGACCAUAGUUUUUGCCAUGAUUGGUAAGGCAGGAAUAUCUGGAGGCUGGGCAGCACUUCAAGUUUUCUCAGCAGAAAUUUUCCCGACAGUUGUAAGAAACAUAGGUGUAGGAGCAUGUUCAUUUUGUGCUAGAAUUGGUGCCAUUGUAGCUCCACAAAUUGUUUAUUUG